ACCAAGCCAGCUUGCAGGCUCACUCCCGCUGGCCUUGUCCCGCUGCCCAAAAAGAUCCAAAGUAAGGUCAUUUAUCAUGGUCACAUCUUUUGUCCGAGAUUUCUUGAAGGGCGCGUUGGUGGGACACCUUAGAUCUUUGAAUGAGACUGUGGAUCUGUUGAAAAAGCAAAAGUGAACCCUGUCCUCGACCCAGGAUUGUUGUUUCUAAAGGCUGUUGUUGCGUUGCUGGUUUGUCACUUACUUUCCCUUGCGAUUGAGCUUGCGCAAGUAAGAGGAAGGGAUAGGAUUGAUUCCUCUGAGGACUGUUAAUACCAAUAAAGACAAAGAGGUAGCAAUCAUCAGUCAGUUGACCAUGCUUGGCCUUCGACUGCUGUUAUCGUCAGCACUCUUGCUGUGCGUUUCCCGCGCCUCGACGGUGUUGGAGGUAAUCAAGUCGAAUCCAGAAUUGAGCCAGUUUGCGAUUGCUUUGGAGUUGUCGGGUUUGGAUUUGGAGUUGAAUAACAAUAAGAAACAAUACACCGUCUUUGCUCCUUCCAACGAGGCCAUUGCCAAAGAUGAAGUCUUUACGACGUACAUGUCCCGAGAUGGUUGGGUCCAUCAUUUGAAGACCAACAUUCAGCUCAUGAUUGUGCCCAGCCAAGCACUCUCGGACCAGAUGAUCUUUGACAAAUUCACCACGGAGCUGGUAACGCUCAAUGGGACGCUCCAGAUCUCACAGCCCUACGCCCUGGUCAACUUGGUCGAGGUAACGAAUCCCAAUCAGGCCGGAAGCAAUGGCGUAGUGCACACCAUGAAUGGAGUUGUGAAACCAUACUGGAGAGGGUACACACUCCGAGAAGUCGAGAAGCACGAUGAGUUGGUCGAAGGACUCUCUCCUCAGUUGAAGAGAAUCAAGUUUGAUAAGCCUCUGGAAGAAUUUGUACCCUCCGGUGUCAGUUGGGUAGCAUCCAGAAACAGAGGUUACGGAAAUGAUUCCAUUGCGCAAGGAUUCUUCCCCAUUGUACAAGAACUCAAAGAUCCCAACAAUACCGAAUUCCAGAAUCUGACCUACAUGUACAAUCUUAUUGACUUUAAUCUCUACGAGCAAGAUAUCGAGAGAGGAUUUCAGCUCAUGGUCAUGCCUCGAGGAGAUAUUGCUCACAUGUGGAUCACCAAGGAUCAGAGAAAGGGACUCCUCAGGUUCAAUGAUGCCAUCUUGGAUCGUCAGGCAUUUGCGAAUAACGGAAUCACCCAAAUUGUAACAAAACCAUUGGUCCCUCCCGGAUUGGCCAUGAUUAUGAAUUUCUGUGCCGAGUACACCACCAUCAACUUGAAGGAUAUGUACCAGUAUUAUCGAUCAUCCGAAUGGAAUCUGCGAAAUCUUACCCGCUCCAUUGGUACGCAGCAAGGAUCGUUCAACGUGUUUGCACCUCUCCAAUCCGGAUAUGGAGAAUUCAACAUUGAGGUGGGCGUUCGUAUCUCCACACUCGAGUGGAAGCGUCAUUUGUGGGACUUUUUGCUGCACAUGACCGUCGAGCCCGCUUACACCACCGAUGAGCUCUACAAGUUGGUGGAAGCGGCUGGUGGGUACAUGCAGAUGAAAAUGCUCAGUGGAUUCAACACUACCCUGGAGUUUGAUGAAGACGGUGAAUUGACAAUUGACGGAGCACGCCUCUUAAAGCCCUAUGACAUGAAGGGAGUUGACGGUUAUAUCCACCUCGUCGAGCGAGUGCCCCUGCCUCCUUCGGUCCUCUACACUAUUUAUGAUCAAACCCAAAUGCACCCUGAGAUGACAACAGUGACAAGACUGAUUGAUACGGUACAGAUGGGCCCCUUCAUUGACAACUUGCUGCCCGUGACAUUCUUUUCUGCUGUCAACAGUGCUUGGGAUGUUAUUAUUCCGCAACUGCAGAUUGAAGAUGUAAUCAAGAGCAUGACCUUUGAGUUGCUUUGGUUCGAUGAUUACUUGGCAGAGAAGGACGGAGAACAACUCACAUCCACGAACGGCAAAAAGUGGAACAUCCAAGUGUUCCCAGACCCAGACGGCGACCCACUUCUCUACGCUCCAGAGGAACCUCCUGUGAAGAUUUACAUUAGCAACGCAGACGGGCCAGAAGGAUUGACCAACUGUACCUUCGUUCCUGGUGCCAACAGGACAAACAUCCUUGCUCGAACAGGCGUGAUCCAUCACAUUGAUUGUCUCCUCUUGUACUUCAACUACACCAAGGUAGACAAGAACGCACCCACUUUUGCACCGGUCACGCUCACCCAACCACCAGAGGCUGGUCCGGCUAAGUACGGCGUCAUAACGACCGCACCCGUGUUUCCCACACCUCCCCCUGUCUUCACCACGCAACCAGUUACGGCCGAUUCGGCUGCUGGACUUUCUCAAGGACUUGGAUACUUGUGCUAUCUUGUGGCAGGAGUAUCAUUGCUGCUAUCUGCUACAGUUAGCUUGUAGGAUGCGUCCAUAGUAACUAUCUUCCAUUUCGUCCGCGGCUUUGAAGACGGUCGAGUCGAGUCGUUGAAUCUCUUCGUACGUAGUUUACAUAAACGAUUAAAUGCAUUAGGUUAGGGAAGGGACAUUGCAUCCAGUUGUACCAUGACUGGUUCCUGAAUUGCCCCAAACCUGUGGUAACCAAAGAUACGCUGUAUAGACAAGAAUCUCAGAUGCCAUCAAU